UGCUCUCAAUUGCUAAAGGUUCAUAUUAACAUUUCUUAAAACAUCCCUACAAACGUCAGACCUAGGUAUAAGUUUUAACCGCUGAUAGCGCUGGUAACUCUAAACAAGAGUCCACAAACGCUAAUUUUAGCCAAGUAUGGCGACCUUGUUUUUGAAAGCUUCGGACUAAAACCUCCACUCCAUCAAAUUGGCAUCAGUUAUUGACCUAAAACCGCCCUCCAACUCACUAGGCAUUCUACAUUUUUUGAAUCUUCGUACCUUGGACUCGCCAGAUUUUUUCUCCCUCCUCUCCUCCCCCUAUAAAAGUUAAGUCUUAAUUUGUUGUUGUAAUCAAUAUACAAUGUUGUCUUGUGGUGUAUCUCUGUGUUGUUUAUAAAAUAUGUAGAAUCUUCUUCUGAAGAAAUAGAAGGCACUUUAAAUCUCUUUAUCUUGAGUGGUAAACUUUAUCUUGACUUGGACACACUUCACCAAUUGCUAUUAUAAUUGCAUAUAUAUUGCGGUCAUCAGUAUAUUAUGCCGUUAUUGGGGAAUAAGUUUUCUUGAAGAGGGCAUCAUUAGCCUGUUGUAUCAAACGUUGUGUGGCCACGAGCACGUUCAGUCAUGGAUGUGGUAUAUUUUAACUGGCUGGAUUAUCUCGUUUUCGGUGCGAUGUUGGCCCUGUCAGCAUUCAUCGGUAUAUAUUUUGCCUUCUUCGCUAAACGGAAACAGAAUACCACAUCCGAAUACCUAAUGGGCGGGAAGACUAUGGGAAUGUUUCCUAUCUCCAUGUCCUUAAUAGCUAGUUAUGUAUCGGGCAUAUCAUUACUCGGUCUGCCAGCAGAGAUGUAUACCUAUGGCACGCAACUUUGGGCCAUUGUGUUAUCUGAGUGGAUAGUGUCAGUAACCAUAGCAAUCGUCUACUUACCAGUCUUCUAUAACUUACAAAUAACGUCUACCUAUGAGUACUUGCGUCUGCGCUUUAACCAAAAUGUGCAGUUGUUGGGUUCAAUAAUAUUUAUUAUAAAAAUGUUACUCUACAUACCGAUCGUCAUAUAUGUGCCAGCUCUUGCUUUUAAUCAAGUAACGGGUAUUAAUCUACACUUAAUAACACCAAUCGUGUGUCUUGUGUGCAUCUUCUACACUACUUUAGGCGGCAUCAAAGCAGUUGUAUGGACGGAUACCCUACAAACAAUACUAAUGUACUUUGGAGUCAUCUUCAUCGUGAUAUAUGGGACGUGGCGAUUAGGAGGUGUAGGAGAGGUGAUGAGGAUCAAUAAGGAGGGUGAUCGUUUGGAAUUCUUUAAUAUGGACCCGGACCCAACAAUUCGACACACCUUCUGGACUACAGUUAUUGGAAACUACUUCAGUUGGCUAGCAUCCUGCUCCGUCAACCAGGCCAUGGUGCAGAGAUGUCUCGCCCUUCCUUCGCUUAAGAAAGCACGCAUAACGAUCCUGAUAAUGGCGGUGGGUAUUUACGUGAUCGUCUCCCUCUGCUGCUACACGGGACUCGUAGUGUAUGCUACCUUUGCCUCUUGUGACCCACUGACAACUGGCGCUAUCCGCAAGAGUGACCAGCUCCUCCCCUACUUGGUGAUGACCAUCACUGGAUCAAUUCCUGCCCUUCCCGGGAUCUUCAUGAGUGGCGUGUUCAGUGCAGCCUUGAGUACAAUGUCGACCGGUCUCAAUUCCAUGUGUGGUGUCAUAUUUGAAGACCUCAUCAGACCGGCGUAUAACAAACCGAUUUCGGAAAAAACUGCAAGUUUUAUUAUGAAAAUAAUUGUUGUUAUCAUAGGAGCAGUGUGUGUGGCUUUAGUAUUACUUGUGGAGCACAUGGGCGCUCUCAUCCAGGCGGGGAAAAGUCUUGCCGGCAUCACGGCAGGAAGCCUGCUUGGUCUCUUUACGAUGGGCCUUUUUAUGCCUUGGAUAAAUGCCACUGGUGCACUAGCAGGAGGCACCACAUCCACUCUCCUGGUUGGUUGGAUGUCCCUUGGAACGCAGGCGGCGAUGUUACGAGGUGACAUCGUUUUCGUUCCUAAACCAGUCAGUGUGGCCGGAUGUCCCGGAAAUAUUACCAUUCCCACGAUCACUUCACAAACUAGUAUUGAGUUUGACAGAUCGGGAACAUUUUUCUUGUAUAGGAUAAGUUAUUUCUACUAUACUUUAAUUGGAAUGUUGGUGUGUGUCACCACUGGGACCAUUGUGUCGUUUUUCACUGAGCCAAACGACCCUGCUAUGGUCCAUAGAGAUCUUUUAACGCCGGUGAUACAUCGCUUUUUGCCACUGCAAAGCCCUCAAUGUAUCAAACCGAGGCUUACCCAACAUGAUAUAGAGCUACACGCCAGAGAAAUGGAGGAGUUGUGUGCACAAGCUGUUUUCAUGAAAGAAAAACGCGGUGGCGUCGAUGAUUUACAAAAGCAAAAAUCAACCCUUGGACAAUAAGUUCUUAGCGUCAUUUUUAUCUUUGGACUCUUGUAUCCUAAAUCUUAUUUAAAAAAAUGAGUUUACCUCAAAUGAUAAAGUAAGUUUAAGAAAAAAGUAAAAGAGUAUGUAAAUAAAUUGUAUGUUGUAAAGCUAAUACUGCCGAUGUAGAAAUGUGUCUGCGUGUGUAUUCCAUUAUUACUUAAGUAUUGUUAGUGUAUUUCUGGUGUUGUAAAGUUUUAAUGGAUUUUUAUAUCAAAAAAGAAAGAUUUAUUAAAGUCUUUAUCUGAUAAUGAUGAACAGUAAAAAUGUAUUGGUAAUAUCAUAUUAUUAGUAAUGUUUGGGCUACCUCACUGAGGACAAUACACCGUUAUAGGCUAACCGACUCCGAUCCAGCGGAAUAAUGUAUUUCUUCAAAUGCAAAGCACCAAACGGCAAAAAGUUUUAUCUCAGUUUUAAAUGCGGAUAGUAGGAACUAUCCGCAUUUAAAACUGUACAUAUGUCUUCCUAGACAUAUUAACAAAGAAACAGAUUUAUAUUACAUUUAUAGGUACGUUUGUAGAAAUCUAAUAAAAAAAUUUGAACAUGUCUA